UCUGCCGGUUGACCUCUGUUUAUGCAGUAGCGUCAGUAGUCAGUCAUCAUGGCGUUAGCAGCGGCAGCUAAGCGCUGUGCAUCUCCUGCACUUUUCAGUCGAUCUUUGUCAUUACCAGAGCUCAGAACAGCCUUCUCUUAUCAUAAAAAGGUGGUGGACCACUAUGAAAACCCCAGAAAUGUUGGUUCUCUGGACAAGAAUGCCAAGAAUGUAGGCACCGGCUUGGUAGGCGCACCUGCAUGCGGUGAUGUUAUGAAACUUCAGAUUCAGGUGGACAAGAAUGGCAAGAUAGUAGAUGCCAGAUUCAAAACAUUUGGCUGUGGCUCAGCCAUUGCUUCCAGCUCACUGGCCACAGAGUGGGUGAAGGGAAAAUCGAUUGACGAAGCCCUGAAAAUCAAAAACACGGAGAUUGCCAAAGAACUUUGUUUACCACCAGUCAAACUUCAUUGCUCUAUGCUUGCAGAGGAUGCUAUCAAGGCUGCAUUAGCAGACUACAGGCUCAAACAGAAAGACGACUAGGAGUCGUUGGCGGAAGAUCGAAAUUAAUGUCCUCAUUCACAGACGAGUCACUGUCACCCACUCUCAUUGUGACUCAGAAAAUGUUUGUAGUUUAUAUGCUUUCUGAGGAUAAAAUAAACACAUUAGCCUGCGUAUACCAUUGCUAUUCUAUUCGCACUGCCUUUGUAUUGCUGGUUUGAAGUGGCUUGCAUUUACAGAUUGUGAAGAUCUUUUGGAUUAAAGUUUUCUCCUGUAUCUCUGAAUCACGCACAUUAAAAUAAACUCUUUAUUUCCUAAA